AUGGAAGCUGUAUCAAUGCUAGUAGCUGUUGUGUUCGUUGUAUUGGCAUGUUUUAUGUGGAAUCUUGUUAAAAGAAAUAUAUCAAAUAGACCACCUGGGCCGUUGGAAUUGCCCAUUAUAGGUCAUAUGCACCUCAUUGGUUCCCGGUCGCUUCAUCUUCUAUUAAAAGAACUAUCCGAAUCAUAUGGCGACAUUUUUUCUUUAAAGUUAGGUUCUAGACAGUCCGUGGUUCUUGGAAGCAGGGAAGCUAUACAUGAGGCUUUUGUCAAAAAAGCCAAGGCGUUUGCAGGUCGUCCUGAUUUGCCGACAUUUAAGUUUACACGAAAUGGACAAACAGGAUUGUCCUUAUGCGAUUAUAGUGAUGAAUAUGUCAAUAACAGAAAGAUGACAAUGAAAUCGAUUCAUCACUUUGUAAACAACGCUGCCAAUCUAAAUAAGGUAUUAGGGGAAGAAGCCCUAAAGAUGAUAACACUUUUUGAUCAGUAUGUUGGUAGCAAUAAAAGCAUUGCUCCCUUGCAGGAAUUUCAAAAAGUCAUUCCAAGUAUCUUUUUAAACAUGAUGUUCGGGUUAACCUACGAAUACAAUAAUGAACGUUUUCAGGAAGCCACGAAAAUUUAUAGGAAAUGGUUUGAAGUAGCAGAAGCAGAUAAUCCUGCUGAUUUCUUCCGUUUUCUGGAGAGGUUUCCCAAUCAAAGGUUACAGGUCGCACAAGAAUGCGGUGUUUACUUUGAGAAGUUUAUCUUGUCUAUGAUGGAUUUAUCAGACUCAUCUAAGCACUGCUUGUUCGAUGAGUUUAAAACAGUGCAUACUAACUCAAACGAGGAAAAAUUGUCGGAACCAUUCAGAAAGAGUCUAGCCAAAGUAAUUUCUGAUAUUGUGGGAGGAGGUUUUGAUACUGCCGCUGCAACGCUGGCAUGGGCAGUAUUAUACUUAAAUCAACAUCAGGAAGUAUUGAAGAAAUGUCGAGAGGAAAUAAACUCCGUUACAAACGAUCGAAUGAUUUCUCCAGACCUUAAGUCACAGACACCGUACUUUUGUGCAACAGUUUACGACAUACUCAGGUUAUCAACUGUAGCUCCCUUAGGUCUAGUUCGAAAAGUGAUGCAUGAUGUUAACUUGAGCUCAUAUCUAAUCCAAAAAGACACUAUGGUGUUAGCAAAUCAUUGGGCAGCUAAUCAUGAUCCGCAGUUUUGGGAAAAGCCAGAAGCUCUACACCCGAAUCACUUUUUGACAGAAAGUGGAGAGUUAGACACUUCCUUGGCAAGAGAGAUCUCAACAUUCUCGUCCGGUGUUCGUCGUUGUCCCGGAGAUCAAAUUGGAAUAUUAAUGCUAUUUGUCGUGCUGGGAACACUAAUUAAAAAUUACGACAUCUCACUUACCCAACCACCAAAGGAUUUGAUUCCAUUGAGAGGCGUAACACUAAAGCCAAAACAUUACGAAAUCACCUUGAAAUUAGUAUCAUAAAUAAACAAUUAUUUCUUAGCAUGCAAAAACAAAGAAAGCGAGCAGAUAU